UCCCGCCCUUUUUGAUGUCAAAGUCAAAGCUAACGUUAGAUCAAAGUCAAACGAUUUUCAAGAAAAUUACGUCGCAUUGUUUUUACGCUUUUAAGAACUAAUUGUAGAAAAUAUACAAACUUUAAACAAUAUCUAUAUAAAAUUGAUUGAAACAGAAUCAAAAUGUCUGGUCGUAGUGCCGAACAUGCCAAAAAGCGCGCUAAAUCAAAAUCACGAAGCGCUCGUGCUGGUGUUAACUUUCCAGUAGGACGAAUACACAGAAUUCUUCGUAAGGGAAAUUAUGCAAAACGGAUUGGGUGUGGGUCGGCAGUCUAUUUAUCAGCAGCAUUGGAAUAUUUAGCAGCUGAAAUAUUGGAAUUAGCUGGAAAAGCGGCAAGUGAUAAUGGCAAAUCAAGAAUUUUACCGCGUCACAUCCUCUUGGCAGUGAAGAAUGAUGAUGAGUUAAACAAAAUGUUGGAGGGAGUCACAAUAUCUCAAGGAGGAGUCUUACCAAGUAUCCAUCAACAGUUGCUACCGAAGAAAACUGCUAACAAAUCAAAAUCAUCAUCGGGCCCUUCACAGGAGUAUUGAAAAUAAGUAAUUUACAGUUUUCUUUUAAUUCCAUAAAAGCAACCAAUGUGAUAAAAGUGUUAUAUCUCUUAAGGCAUGUAAUUCUUAUUUAUCACAUGUGUUUAUAUGUGAUCGGAAUUUAAAUUGAUAUUACUUUGAUAUUUUAAGUAUUGUUUAAAUUAUUUUUAAAUGCCA